AACAGCUCCCCCCGGGCGCCAGGGGGCCGCCCUAAAAGGCCCGCCCGCCUCGGGCAGCGCCGGGGCCGGCCAGCCUGCCAGGGCUCCCCGCUUUGGAUGGAUGGGCUCCUAGGUGUGUGCCCGGGAAGCCCGGCCCACGGCCCGGAGCCCGGGAGUCGGAGCACCAGAGCCCGGGUGGAGACCGCUGGAACCAGAGCGCCCAGGAGAGACGAACAAAUAGUCCCCGGCGCCUCCCGCGGCCGCACUCAGGCCCGCGGCAGCCGCCGCCAGCCGGGCGGGCCGAGCCGAGCCGGGCCGGGCCAGCGCCCGCUCUAAUUGCGACGCUCCCCGUUGAUGAUGAUUUUUUUUUCUUUCUCUCUCUCUCUCUCUCUUUUUUUUUUUUUUAAAUCACAGCGGCCCCCAGUUUAGCGGACUGAUUUACUCCGGGUAUUGGUAAAUAUGAUCACGUGGGCCGCGCGACCAAUGGUGGCGGCUGCCGCCCGCGAACUAGUCGGCGGCCCGGGCGCCGGCGGGCAGCGGCGGGGCGGCGGGCAGUGCAGGCUCGGGCGGGAGCGCGCGGCGGCCGCCUCGGCAUGUCGUCCAGCGGCGCCCUCAGCAACUACUACGUGGACUCGCUCAUAGGCCAUGAGGGCGACGAGGUGCUGCUCGGCGCGCGCUUCGGGCCGCCGGGGCCGGGGGCGCAGGGCCGGCCCGCAGGUGUGGCCGACGGCCCGGCCGCCGCCGCCGCCGCCGCCGCCGAGUUCGCCUCCUGUAGUUUUGCCCCCAAAUCGUCCGUGUUCUCCGCCUCGUGGUCCGCGGUGGCCGCCCAGCCCCCGGCGGCGGCGGCGAUGAGCGGCCUGUACCACCCGUACGUGUCCCCGCCGCCCCUGGCCGCCGCCGCCGAGCCGGGCCGCUACGCGCGCUCCUGGCUGGAGCCGCUGCCCGGCUUCCCCGGCGGCGGCGGCGGCGGGGGGGGAGGAGGAGGCCCGGCUCCCGUCCCCAGCCCGGGCGGCCCGGCCAACGGGCGCCACUACGGGAUUAAGCCUGAAACCGGAGCGGCCCCGGCCCCCGCCUCCGCCGCCACCUCCUCCUCCUCCGCCUCCUCGUCCUCCUCCUCCUCCUCCAAACGGACUGAGUGCCCCGCGGCCCGCGAGUCCCAGGGGAGCGGCGGCCCGGAGUUCCCGUGCAACUCGUUCCUGCGGGACAAGGCGGCGGCGGCGGGAGGGAACGGGCCCGGGGUGGGCCUCGGGGCCGGGCCCGGGGCGGGAGGCUCGUCCGAGCCCUCGGCUUGCGCCGCCGCCGACCACCCGAGCCCGGGCUGCCCGCUGAAGGAGGAGGAGAAGCAGCCGCCGCAGCCGCCGCAGCAGCAACUUGACCCAAACAACCCGGCAGCGAACUGGAUCCACGCUCGCUCCACCCGGAAAAAGCGCUGUCCCUACACCAAAUACCAGACGCUGGAGCUGGAGAAGGAGUUCCUUUUCAACAUGUACCUCACCCGGGACCGGCGCUACGAGGUGGCCAGGAUUCUGAACCUCACAGAGAGACAAGUCAAAAUCUGGUUCCAGAACCGCAGGAUGAAAAUGAAAAAGAUGACCAAGGAGAAAUGCCCCAAAGGAGACUGACCCAAUGGUCCUGGCCUGCGGGGCGCAAAGGCAGCGGGCUUUGCUUUGUUUUGUUUUGUUUUGUUUUGUUUCUUGGUGGGUGCUUGAUUCAGAAACUCUGCGGCAGGCGACUCGGACUUGUUUCUUCCUUUAGGUAGAGGUGACUGUGCGGUUGGUGUCUGUGAGUUAUUUGGGGUGGGGACGCUGUAUUUGCUCGCAUACGUAUUGGAGAAACCAAGUGGCUUUGGAGUUUUGUCUCUUCCCGUCCCCUUUCCUGCUCCGUUGGUUCCUUAGGAAAUGCUAUAUUUUGUGAGUGCACGCGGGCCUACUGAAGCCCUCUCCUGUGUAAACGACCCUCCUGUUUCUGAAAAGUGCUGUAGUCUAGUGUCUCCCCCGCGCAGCCUCCCAGACGGGGCCAGCUCUCCAGUUCCGAGGAUCUGAAGGCCGUGGGAGACUGGACGACACUCCCCACCCUCAGGCUCUCCCAGCCCGAACCCAACCCAGCCGCUCCCCGCAGGAAAGCCCCUGUCCUCGGGGAGCCCGCGGGCUGACUUCCAGCGAGGCCUAGCGAGGAGCCCCGGGCCCUGGGGCGCGGCGGGAGGGCGGGGAAGGCCUCGGUCCUCGGAGCCCAGGGGGAGCUGCCCUCCCCCCCCCAACCCCGGGAGGGAUGGGCUCUCCGUUGGGCGGCCUCGGGUGGUGACCCUCCGUAUUCCUGCCUGAGGACCAUUUGUAAACGUUACCGCUUCCAACAAAUAAAUGCUGAUCUGAACAAAUGGAGCCCAGCCGCUGGCCCUGAA